CUUACUCGACUUACGAGUGUUUCGAGAUACGACGAUACGAGCCGCCAAAAAAAAGACUCGUUGCUUCGACAUACGAGCAAAAUUCGAGAUACGAGCUUUGAGCAAAAGAACAACAUGUCAGAAACAAAAAACGAUGACUCCGAUACAGAAACCGAAGAAAUUGUUAUUUAUGCUGAUUUUGCUGAAUUAUUAGACGAAACUAUUUUAGAUUCUAAAGAUAUAAAAGUAGAGUUAAUAGGAAUCGACAGUAACACACCGAUUUUACAAUUGGGAGGACAUGUUUUUAAAGGUACCUGGGAUGAAAUGAUGGGUACUGCCGUAAUAUUCGAGGAAUCCAGAGAACCAAUGGAAGGUGAUCCUAUAUUUGAUACAAGUCCAGAUAUCACAUUGAAAUAUAAGUAUAAAACGACUAAAAGACUGAAUAUGGAAAGGAUUUUUAUUGAAAGAAAGGACGAGCCUUCGUGUUCAAAUACUAAAUUGGAACGUACUAUACCGACAUGUAGUACUUUGGAAGAAGCGUUUGAUAAAUUAGUGAAGGAGGCUAAUGAGAUGAAUAUUAGUGAUUCGGAGAUGAAUGAUGAGUAGAAUUUAUAAUGGAGAGUUGUAUUUAUCUUUUGAUUUUGUAUAUAUUUUGUUAUUAUGUGAGGACGUUUAUGAAACGAGGUGUAAGUGGGGUUUUGUCUUUGCAAGACAAGUUGCAAGAACUUCUCGCUGUGUGUAAAUAAUUAACUUAAAAAGGUUUUCUAGUGUUAGAGGCAUGAAUUUUAGGUUAUUUGUAAAAA